GUGUCAACUAACCCCAUGCGCCCGGCGACGGAGAGCUGCGUUCGAGGUGUGACCUGCCCUCUUGUGACAUCAGCAGUGCAGCUCGCAUGGCAGGCUUGUCAAACCGGUGUUGGAGGCUGCAGAGCUGACACCAGUUCAGACCGCGGGGAGAAACCCCACCUGUGUCCUCCGAUUCGACUGAAAGCUGAAACAGGUAUGGAGGGCGACCGAGACAUCCAGUUCCUCCUGCAGGGGGGAGAUCUGCUCAAGGUCCGCUCCCCGUCCUGGAAGAAGACCCGCUACUUCAGACUGCAGGAGGACUGCAAGACCAUGUGGCACGAGUCCAAGAAAACCUUUAAGUCAAAGCAGACCUGUGAGUGCCGCCCCAGCAUCCCACCUACAUUCUCCCUCGACGAUAUCUCGGCGGUGAGAAUGGGCCGACAGUCGGAGGGUUUGAGGAAGUACACGGAGGAGCAGGUGGAGGGCCGCUGCUUUUCCAUCAUGUUCAAGGGGCGCCGCAAAAACCUGGACCUCAUCGCCAGCUCAGAGGAGGAGGCCAAGCAGUGGGUCAACAGCCUGGAGAGAAUCAUCUCCAACAUUAGCGACCUCAGCUGCCAGCAGAAGACGGAGCAUUGGAUUUUCACCUGCCUGAGGAAAGCAGACAAGAACAAAGACGACAAGCUGAGUCAGUCAGAGGUCAAGAACUUCCUCCGCCUGAUCAACAUUGACGUGGACGACGACUACGCAGACAUGAUCUUCCAGAAAUGUGACACAUCAAAAUCUGGAUACCUGGCCGGGGGAGAGAUCGAACAUUUCUACGACCUGUUGACCCACCGGGAGGAAAUCGACGUCAUCUACGGAGAGUACGCGAAGACCACGAGCUGCAUGAGUCCCGAAAACCUGGUGGAGUUCCUGAUGAAAGAACAGAGAGAGAAGGCGACGCUGGCGGACGCACACGCGAUCAUCGAGAAGUACGAGCCGGACGAGCACGUCAAGGCGAAGAAGCUGCUGUCCAAAGACGGCUUCCUCAUGUACCUGCAUCACCCAGAGGCCUCGAUCCUGAACCCAGAUCACAGAGAGGUGCACCAGGACAUGAGCCAGCCCCUCAAUCAGUACUUCAUCUCCUCCUCGCACAACACCUACCUCAUGGAGGAUCAGCUCAAAGGGCCCAGCAGCACAGAGGCUUACGUCAGGGCUCUGCUGAAGGGCUGCCGCUGUGUGGAGCUGGACUGCUGGGACGGCUCGGACGAUGAGCCAGUGAUCUACCACGGCUACACCCUCACCUCCAAGAUCCUCUUCAAAGACGCAAUCAAAGCCGUCAAGGAGUACGCGUUCAAGACGUCCGAUUACCCCGUGAUCCUCUCCCUGGAGAACCACUGCAGCGUGGAGCAGCAGAGAGUCAUGGCCCGCCACAUGAGCUCCAUCCUGGGCAGUGCACUCGUUACCGCUCCCAUGGGCGACGGCAUGCCUGCAAAUUUCCCAUCUCCUGAGAAAUUGAAGGGGAAGUUCAUCAUCAAAGGGAAGAGGUUAAACAAACUGGAGGCCAUAUUUGCCUCUGAGGAAGCGCCGGCCGAUGAAACCGAUGUGACGGAGGAGGAGGAGUCAAACGAUGAGGACGAUCAGGAGGAGGAAGAGAAGAGAAAGAAAAAAAAGAAGCAGAAACUGGCGAAAGAGCUGUCGGACAUGGUGAUCUACUGCAAGAGCGUCCACUUCCACGGCUUUGAGGACGCCGUUAGGAACCUGAGCUUUUACGAAAUGUCAUCCUUCAAGGAGGGAAAGGCCAUGAAGCUGGCAGAGGAGUCAGCGAAUGCCUACAUCCGGCAUAAUGUGGACAAGCUGAGCCGCAUCUAUCCAGCUGGCUCCAGGACCAACUCGUCCAACUACAGCCCUGUGCCUUUGUGGAACGCCGGCUGCCAAAUCGUGGCCCUAAACUUCCAGACGACGUGCCCAGACAUGGAUGUGAACCAGGGCAGGUUCCUGGUAAAUGGUAGGAGCGGCUACAUCCUGAAACCAGCCUACAUGAGGGACGUGACCACGGAGUUUGACCCCAUCACCCUGACCCGAGGGGACUGGCUGAAGCACAAGACGCUCCAUGUCAUGGUUAUAUCAGCGCAGCAGCUCCCCAAAGUGAACAAGAAGAAAUCCUCCAUAGUCGACCCGCUGGUCAAAGUGGAGGUGUACGGAGUGCCGGCUGACGUCGCUGAGAAAGAAACCAGUCCUGUUGAAAACAAUGGUUUCAACCCUUCGUGGAAUGAUACCUUCCACUUUGACGUGUACGUGCCGGAUCUGGCAUUAGUGCGCUUCCUUGUGGAAGACCACGACUCCACGUCUGACAAUGAGUUUGUCGGACAGUACACGCUUCCGUUCAACAGCUUGAAAAUGGGAUACAGACAUGUGCCUCUGCUCAGUAAGAACGGAGACCGCCUCCCCUCGGCCGGACUCUUUGUGCACCUCAUGGUCGUCGAUGCCAAGUGAGACAUCACCGACUGACACAAGCCUCUGCAGGACGCUCGGACCUCCGCUACACACCAGGGGCUAAACCUUUUUAAUUUGGUUUUAUACUUCUUCUUUUUUUUUCGCUAUGUAGGUUUAGUUCACAUCUUAUUGGCUUAUUCUCAAGGGGACAACGGUCCCAGUCAAAAGGAAAGAUCUCCAACUGGAAAUGAGAUGUUACAAACACUAGGUUUGCUUGACUUCAAAAGACUUCAGAUCAAUAACAUUACACAGUUACACACACAGUUACACACACACACACAUACUAUCCCUGUUUUAAUUGCUUUGAUGAGUUGUUCAGUGUUCCACUUUUGAUUGAAUUUUCUUCCAAAAGCUUGUCCCUCAUUUCUGCUCAGUGAACGUUUUUGUCUAUUUAAAUCUUUUUAUUCAAAUGAUCAAUUUUAUGAAUUGCUGGAGAAUCAUACGCCUGUUUUCAUCAGUUAUUUUAGUCAGCAAGUAUGAUUAUUGUUCGUGUAACAUCAUCUUGGAUCACUGUAUCUUUUUACAAAUCAAGAUGAAGAUAAAAAAGACAGAUUUGAUCACAAA